UGCCUGGCCACCUUUGCAAAACAGGAAGCUAAAAUUGCUUGGCCACCUUUGCAAAGCAAGAAAAUACUUAAUUCGAAGCAAUGGCGGUACAAACCCUAAAAUUGACUGGAGUGAUUACAUCAUGUAUACGUAUACGUAACAGCUACUAAAUAAGAAAUCUGCAAGCCCUAAAUAUUACAGGAGGACUUAAACCUUACACUAGUUAAUUAGAAAUACGAAGCAGCAUAGGACGGGCUGUUCAAUGGUAGAGAUCUAAGUGCUAGUGUUGGAUAAACAUGAACAACAGAUCAAGAAGAAAGAGUCCUUCUCAAACCAGCAACCAGAAGCCCCGACAAAAACAACUAGGUUUGAUUAAAGAAGAAUACAAAAUGCAGCAGCAGCAGCAAUCAUUGCAGGAGCAUCAUGACCUGCAAUAUCCAACACAGGGUCAGCAAAAUCCUGCGGCUAUCUUUGACGAACCACCACAGCAAUUACUACCGAAUCAUCCCCUGUUGUCACAACAAUAUCUAGGACACCAUGUAUAUGGCCGUGACCAGCAGAAUUAUUUUUAUCCGUCAAUAACAGCAGAACAAGUUCGUGCUUGGACUGAUUACCAGGAAUUUCUGUGUAGACAACAACGGGAAAAGAAACUACAAAGUCUAAUGUCUUUCUUAUAUUCUGAAAACUCGUUCCUAACACCAUGGAGUUGGAAUCCUCAAGCUCCCCAAACAGAAGAAAAAAGGCCCAUGAUGUUCCAACCUGGUUCAUUCUUUAGUUACCAUAUACCACCCCCGCAGGCUGAGGAGGAAGAACAUUCAAGGCAGUCCCAGAGUUCCAAACAACCCUAGAAUUCUGACAUGGCUUGGAUUCUGCCAAAUCCAUCUGAUAACCUCUUAUUUUUAAUUAUUUUAAUUUACCUAUAGAGUCCUCUUGUUUUAGGAAAAUUGAUUACUUGUUCUUUAUUAUUUGCUGAGGGGUUUCAUUACAACUCAUCGCUUUACUUCAUUUUCAGGGCAGGCGUGUAAUCCUCUUUUGCAAACACUGAAUUCAGUAUAAUUAUAUUCU